GUUGUGGAGAUAUUUCCGACGGCACCUGAAGGCGUCACCGUGCUCCCUGAGCGGAGCAGUGAGCCCCCCGCUCCGUCCUCCUCCUGCUCCGACUGAAAACCGAGAGAGUGAAGGAAAAGGAGUCGCAGGACGGACUAUGGAGGGAGAAAGCUGGAUCUCGGAGCUAGUUUUGCAGCUGUAGGGCGCUUUUUCAAACUUUUGUGUUCGCCCGAAGAAGUCGAAGUGGCUUCAAUGUGAAGAAAACCAGCGGAUACUUAACGUGGAUGUAAACCGUCGUAAAUGUGAACAUUCAAACAGGCUGUGACUGCGGACGGUUAGCAAACCCGACCGAAGUUAGCCCGCUCCGGCUAACUUAGCUGCUGCUGCUAGCAAAGGAGGAAAACAAAACAAAACAAAACAAAAACAACAACAACAACAGGCUGGUUGGGGGGGGGAAAGGAGUUAAAGGUGACGCUGAAGUAACCAGUAAUGUUUCCUCCCGGGAUUAACCUGAGAUACGGAUGAGAAAGAAACUGGCGAGAACAACAGCGAGCCCGACGACCGCUGCCAUGGUGGGGUUGAUCCGCGGCUCCGGCAACCCGACUCGGUCCCGAGGCUGCUCCCACUCGGUGCUGUGGAGGCUCGGGGGCUUCUUCUUUCUGCUGCUGCUAGAAGGGGCCGGCUGCCUGGCCAACCCCAGCAGUCCUUCAGGCGUCAAUAACAACAACAACAGCCCCAGUGUCAACAUAUACAUGAGUGUGGAGGAGGUGAAGAAGCUUCUGGGCCUCGAUGCAGAGCUCUACUAUGUGCGAGAUGAUGUGGUGAAUCACUAUGCAUUCUCCUUCAACAUGCCUGUGCCCACGGAGACCAACAGCCUUUACUUCACAUGGUAUUCCAAAGCGAAGGUUGACUACCGGCUUGCUUUCUACAUGGAGAACCCUGUGGUCCUGAACCAGCCACGGAUUAACAUCUCCAAUCAGGGGGAGGUCCCCCGUGCUCCCUCUGUCUUUAGAGUGGACGUCUUGUGUUCAGGAAAAGUAGAUGAAGAGGCAUUUUUAACAAUGCAGCUCAACCUGACCAUCCACACCAACAACUACACAGUGCUCAACUUCAAGAGGAGGAAAAUGUGCUAUAAAAGAAUUGAUCCUGAGACAAAGAUUCCAAUUUCCCUCAACAACACUCUUCCACGGCCUGACUAUGGUGUGACCACCCCCACUACCUCCACCCAGGUGUUCUAUAUAAGCGUCAGCGUCUGCUGCAUUGUCAUCUUUCUCGUGGCCAUCAUCCUGGCCAUCCUGCACCUGCACAGCAUGAAGAGAGUGGAGAUGGAGGACAGUGUGAGUGACAGUGGAAGCUCGCAGGGUUUGUCUCAGCCGUCCACUCAGACCACACAGUACCUGAGAGCCGACACUCCAAACAACGCAGCACCAGUCACCAACAAUCACCCUGGUUCUGCACCCAUUCUCCAGCUUGCUGCCUCCUCCUUCCAAAACCCCGGUGCUCCCCCCAAUGAAACCAAAAGUUACCCAUCUCUCCGUAUAGAGAAGAACGACCUGAGGAGCGUUACUCUAUUGGAGGCCAAAGCUAAAGUGAAAGACAUUGCAAUCUCAAGGGAGAGAGUCACACUACGAGAUGUUUUACAUGAAGGCACAUUUGGCCGCAUCUUCCACGGUGUGCUGCUGGAUGAAAAGGACCCCAGUAAGGAAAAGCAGGUCUUUGUGAAGACAGUGAAAGAUCAUGCUUCUGAGGUGCAGGUGACCAUGAUGUUGACUGAAAGUUGCAAACUUCGUGGACUUCAUCAUCGAAAUCUGUUGCCCAUAAGCCAUGUGUGCACCGAGGAUGGAGAGAAGCCAAUGGUGCUGUUGCCUUUCAUGGCUUGGGGGAAUCUCAAGCUGUUCCUGCGGCAGUGCAAGCUAGCUGAGGCUAAUAACCCACAGGCCGUCUCUCAGCAAGACUUGGUGUACAUGGCCAUUCAGAUUGCAUGCGGAAUGAGCUACCUGGCUCGCAGGGAGGUCAUUCACAAAGACCUCGCCGCGAGGAACUGCGUCAUUGACGACAACAUGCAAGUGAAGAUUACAGACAAUGCCCUCGCUCGAGAUCUAUUUCCUAUGGAUUAUCACUGUCUGGGGGAUAAUGAGAACCGGCCUGUCCGCUGGAUGGCUCUUGAAAGCUUGCUCAACAACGACUUUUCAAGUGCAAGUGACGUGUGGGCCUUCGGAGUGACACUGUGGGAACUGAUGACUCUGGGUCAGACCCCCUACGUGGACAUCGACCCAUUCGAGAUGUCCGCUUACCUGAAGGAUGGAUACAGAAUAGCACAACCUAUCAACUGUCCAGACGAACUGUUUGCAGUGAUGGCUUGUUGCUGGGCCUUGGACCCGGAAGAGAGGCCCAAGUUUCAGCAGCUGGUUCAGUGUCUCACAGAGUUUCACGCAGCGUUGGGUGCUUAUGUGUGAAAACAAGCUUCCUUUUUUUAAGUUAAGCGGCGAGACUAAAGGCUGUCGGACAUUGUUCAUAAGGAAUACAUGGAUGAAAUUGUGCCUUAUCAGAUGCAAGAGCAGACCUGAUGAUUUUAUUUUGUACAGUUCCCUUGGAGUUUUUAUAUAGUUUAAUUACCUUUUUACAGCAUAGCAAAGUAAAAAGAUUUUGUUGAAUUUAGUUUCGUUUGCUUUGAAAGCAUCUACAGAGGGCGAUGGCAGUGCUCUUCCCUCGCUGAGAGGACCAGAACAAUGGAAAGACGUCCUCAUCUGUGCAGCACGUCGACAUUUACGGACAUUUAUGUGCCAUUGAACAAAUUUUUUUAAAGAACAGUGUAAGCUUCUGAAAACGACAGUAUUUUCUACAGUUUUGUAACUUAGUGAAACCGUGUAGAUUUGUUUUUGGAUGAGAGUAACUACAGCAGAAUGAUUUAGGUACCAAAGUAGACUUAAGGGCUUCAUUUGUACAGUUUCUGUAAACACCUUCUCGCUCUGCCAUGGGGAGCUCCAGCUCGGUACGAGAGGCAGCUUGGAAACCACAUUUUGUGUUUGUUGAGAUGAUUACUGCCACCUCUUUAAAUGGUACACAGUUUCCUCUGGAUGACACCAACGCUGCCUUCAAAUGGAACUUAUGAGCUCGUGAUUACGACAUGGGAAGUCACCAAAUGUUUAUUCGUUUGAGUGGUGACAGCAGAACAACGCUGCAAGGCAACAUCAACAGGAGGCUGUUUUCUCCUGCAGGAACUUGCAGGCUGGUUUAUGGCAACUCAAGCAGUUUUGUGUCUUCUGACCACUAGAGCAGCUUCUGUAAAACCUCUGUCAGGAUGGAUUUUAGGAAGAAAAAAAGCACAUAGUCCAGGGUAGCUAAAUCUGAGCAGCUGGAAACGCUGUUGUGUGGGGCUCAACGCUGAUUGUUCAACUCCAAAAGGACAAUCUCUUGAUGUUCUAGUACAGUGGUCGGCAACUGGCGGCCCGCAGGCCAAAACUGUGUUGGUCACAUCUGUGAUCAGAAUUGAGACGUGUGUCCCAAGCAGCAGCGAUCAGCUGUAUAUCAUCCCCCCCCUCCCGGCCUGCUGUUCGAUUGUUUACAAACAUUUUGGCCCGAAGGCACAUCUACUUGCCGACCCCUGUUCUAGUAGCAGUUUUCUCUUUCCCAACACCAUUAUCAGUCAUGUACAUUCCCCAUAAAGGUAAACGUAACAAACUUGCAGUGUUCUGUUUCUUACAAUGGAACUUGUGAGCUCGUGAUUGUGACAUGGGAAGUCGCAAAAUGCUUGGUGUUCGAGUGGUUCGAUCGUAGUUAGUGGACUGAAGUCACAUCCACUAAUAUCUGAGUUACCAUCACAGUUGAAACCCUUAGAUUCUACACCAUAAUUAAAACAGAAAGACAAAAGGGCUAGUCAGUAAUCAUGCCACCUCAUACCUGCAGCAGAAAGCAGCCUAUGGACUUUACCUUCAGUACGAGGGAGCAACUGAGGCUAACCUUUUAUCAAGCUAUCAAGUGGUUUACAGAAUGUUGCAUAAUGGUCAUGAACAUAUAAUGCUCAGCAUUUCCCUCAGAUAUUAUGAAAUUUCAAAGAAAAAGUCAGCUAACACUACAAUGUUGCGUAUCAUCAUGGAACUUGUGAAUACCACAGGAUGACUCUUCUUAGAAACACGACCCUGUUUGAAGGCAGAAUAAUAUCUCCUACAGAUGAGUGGAGAUGUCACAGCUGCUUUAAAGUCUGCACAUCAAACAAGUAGAUGCCGCAACUCGAACAACACCAGCACUGCAAGGGCUGCUCCCGUGUAAACCUGCUUUUCAAAUGGCAUCUGGCUUGAAUUUUGGACACUAUUUUUAUUAUUUGAAUGACACUUUCUUCUUCUUUUGUACAUUUUAUUUUUUCCACUGUCACAACCUCCCUGGGUUGUUAGUUUUCUAAUAAGCUCUAUUGUUCUGCAUCUAUGGCAAGCUGUUUAAUCAUUUAAUAGCUCGACCGGAUUGCAGUUUACAUUUCUUACAUCCGCAGCAUCAUUUACGUUCACGUGUCUCACUUUACGGAUUCGUACAGUUCAGCUGCAGACACCUGAAUUAUGAAUAGUUGUAAUUUCAGUUUCAAACAUCUACUCUUUCAGUCUGACCAUUUACAGUUCUAGUUCAAGAUAUUCCCCUCAAUUCACCUCCAUUUUCUUUUUAAAUAUCUUGAAUUAAACCUGAACUUGUCAGAGAGAUGUCAUAGAUAUUGGGAAUAAAAAUUCUGUCCGGAGCUUUAAUUCCAGAUUGUCAAACUCAGCUAUUAAAUGCUAUUAACCUCGGCUUGUCAUAUGCAUCAGAACUCAGCCCUUCGUAAGACUUUUUGUCUGAUUUUUAUUGUGAGGAUACUUGUAAUCACUGUGAACACACACGACUGCCUACCAGCUUGGUCUAAUCGUACUCUUCCACCUUUGACAUCUUUGUCUUUGUGGUCACUGCAUGUUGAAAUAAGGUUGUAAACUGCUUCCCAAAUUCGUAUCCACAAAUUAAAUGGGAUCUUUUGAAUAUACAA